CCAACCCCGCCAGCACAAGGGCACUCAAACACAAACCACCAGAAUUUACCUGCGGCGCAAGGGUUUGUAGACGCCCAAAGUUUGGGAGUACCCCCGCUAUCGGGUAGGAAACGGGCCGUUCUGGUGGGUAUAAACUACCUGCACGACAAGCAGUUGAAGCUGGGUGGCUGUAUUAACGACGCCAAAUGCAUGAAGUACUUGCUGGAGACCAAAUUCCAGUUUAAGAGUGCAGAUAUUGUGCUACUGACAGAUGAUCAACAGAACACCAGCUUUCACCCGACAAGACGGAAUAUUCUUAACGCGCUCGGGUGGCUGACGGGCGAAGCGAGGCCGGGAGAUUCUUUGUUCUUCCAUUACAGUGGACACGGGUCGCAGAAACGAGACACAGACGGAGAUGAGGCUGAUGGCAUGGACGAAACCAUCAUCCCCAUGGAUUAUAGACAAGCUGGUGAUAUAGUGGAUGAUGAACUACACAAAAACAUUGCUUCAAAGGUUCCGCAAGGCACCCGUUUAACAUCAGUUAUGGACUGCUGCCACAGUGGUACAGGACUUGAUCUACCCCAUACAUAUACCUUGAGCAAGGACGGUAUCAAGCAAGCCGUUGACCAGAGAGCCGUUAAACGAGGGAAGGAAACGAAGGGAGAGGUGGUCCUAUUUAGCGGAUGCCAAGAUAAUCAAACUUCGGCCGAUACAAAUGCCCUUUCAGGCGGCGCAAGGACCGGAGCCAUGACCUUCUCAUUCAUACAGGCCGUGGAAAAACACUACCCCAACCUCAGUUACGAAAAAUUAUUAAUCGAAAUGAGUCGAGUUCUGCGUUCGCAUCAUAUGACUCAACAGCCUUCGCUGAGUUCAGGCCAUGGCAUGAAUGUGCGGAUGAAGUUUGAGGUGUAAUUACCACUGUAAAUAAAAC